AUGAUCCCCUUUUUCAUAACAGCAACACUGCUGACGGUCAUCUUCAUUUUUUUCCUGAUCGUGUCCCUUGUACGGCUGAAGAACCGCCAGAUAAAAAGAGAACAUCAGUUGCUUCAUGCGCUGAUCGGGGAAAAAGAACGAAGCAUGCAUGCCAUUUCAGUAGAGAUCCAUGAUAACAUCAAUCAAAUGCUUAGCCUGGCGCGGAUGACUUUAAAGAUGAUCGAUAAAUAUGCAGUACCGGAGCAGAAAAAGUACAUUGAAGAAUCCGGAAAUAUACUGGACAGUGCAAUCGGCGACCUGCGCAAUAUCAGCCAUUCCCUGAAUGCAGACUACCUCAGAAACAGGGGCCUUUAUGAAGCGCUGCAAGAGGACGUCCAUUGGCUGAACGAAACAAAAAAUAUCAGCUGCUUUCUGGAGAUUGAGGAGACACCUAAGUCCUUUGACAAGGACACCGAACUGAUGAUGAUCCGGAUAGCACAGGAAGCGAUCAACAACGUAUUGAAGCAUGCCAAUGCCCAGCAGCUCAGCAUCCAUCUGAAGUAUGGAAUUGACGAAUUUCAAAUGGCAAUCAGGGACGACGGAUCGGGAUUCAACCCGGACUUGCAAAGAGCUGGUGUCGGAUUACAAAGCAUGAAUCAAAGAAGCCGGAUUCUCAAGGGUAUUAUCAACAUAACGUCAGCCCCCGGAAGUGGCACCCUGAUCUUACUGACCAUUCAGGAUCCGGUAUAUGCCUGA